AUGGCUACAACUUACUACGACUACAUCAUCGCUGGAGGCGGUACAGCCGGCUGCGUAAUCGCAAGUCGCCUUUCAAGCUAUAAGCCCGAAAGCUCAAUUCUGCUGGUUGAAGCAGGGCCCAAGGAUGACCCACGUAUUCGGCCAAGCUUGGGCCUCGUUGGUCAAGCAGCCAACGAGAUCAAAUGGAACAUUCAGAGUACCCCGCAAGAUGCAAUGAACGGGAAAACGCUUGAUCUGGUUCAAGGGAAGGUAAUCGGGGGCACCUCGUCAAUUAACCAUCAGGUGUGGAUUCGCGGUGCUGCGGAAGACUACAACCAAUGGGCAGAGGAGGUUGGUGACCAGCGUUGGUCUUGGGAUGGAAUGCUGCCUUAUUUCAAAGAGUGCGAAACGUUCAUCCCUGGCCCAGAGCUUGAGGGCAAAGACCUCAGCUCGUAUCGGGGAUUUUCUGGUCCAAUCACUGUCUCCCAAACUUCCUCCAGUGGUCGUCCCCGUCGUUAUCCUCUCAGAGAUGCCAUCGCCAACAUGUAUGAGGCCCAAGGAGUGUCACGUGUUGCCGACAUCAACUCUGGUCAUCACCUAGGCUACGCAGAGCACAGCACCAGCAGCUACGAUGGAGUUCGCUACUGGGCCGGAUCUAACUAUACAAUGGGUCCCAAUGUGAGCAUCAUGGCAGAGACUCAGGUCACAAAGGUUGUUUUCGAAGGAAACCAUGCAAAAGGCAUUGAGUGUCUGUCAUCCACGGGAGAAAAGAGUCUUAUCUCAGCCAAAGUGGAGGUUAUCAUAUCUUCCGGUUCUUUGGGCUCUCCUAAGCUGCUGCUUUUGAGUGGAGUUGGUCCAACUGAAGAGCUAAGCAAGCAUGGAAUCACUCAGGUUGCCGAUCUUCCCGUCGGUCAGAACUACAGUGACCACGCCAUGUUAGCAACAUUUUGGCAUUUGGAGAAAAAUGGACUAGCAAUGGGUGAUGUUGAGAUGCGGAAUGAGAUUUGCGACUGGACUUGCGGCCUACCGAUUGACUGGCUUGCAUUCCACCGCCACGAUCAAGAUCAUACCAUCCAGGCCCUUGCGGCCAAUGAUCUCUCUCCGAUUGAAUUGGAACGCUUUAAGCUUCCCGGUCGGGCACAUACUGAGUCUGGGAUCUUGUACGGACAUAUUGACUUCACUGGCAAAGCUGGACCUCCUCCCUCUGGCUCCAACAUUACCAUCAUGACAAAAAUUGUGACACCAUCUUCUCGGGGCUCAAUCACUCUUAACUCUGCAGACCCAUUAGACCCCCCAGUUUGCAAUCCGAACAUGUUGUCGACGGAACUGGAUAGAAAGUUGUUAUUUGCGGCAGUCCGCCUCACGGCUGAAGGACUCGAAAAGAGCAUUGCCCCAGAGUACGGACUUAGAGAGAACAAUGUGGAGGAGAGCCUGAGAGGCGACUACAGUGAUAGAGCUAUGAAGCAGAGAGCUUUGAGCUUCGCUCGAACUGUGAACCAUGGUUGUGGAACUUGUGCUAUGGGCACAGUUGUUGACGCAGAAUGCCGGGUUAAAGGAACCACCGGGCUUCGCGUUGUAGACACGAGUAUUAUUCCUUUGCCACUUUCUGCGCAUUAUCAAGCGCCUGUCUAUGCCGUGGCAGAGCAGGCUGCUCGUAUGAUUGCAAAUGUUUAG